GAUCCACACAUUUACUACAUUGGAGUUUCUUCCCCCAACUCUCGGAAGUUUAGCUAAGUUGCUGUGAUUUAGCCAAGCAAGUUAGCCACUUAGAAAACGACAAAACUAAACUUGAUUUUUGGAAGGAGAAACAAUAUUUAACCGAAAAAUGUGUUCCCAUAUGGAAACUUAAGGGAUUAUUCAUGGAUUGGUAUCGGUUUUUAUUCUAUUGUUUUCGCGAACUCGUACGGUAGCUAGCUUUGAAAGAAGUUGUGAUUGUUUUUUUGGCGCUCUGGCAACGCAGAGGAAAGAUGGUGGUGAUUGAGUUGAGCUAACAGGCUACAGCGAGCUUGCUUCUUUUAUGAGCAUCGUAUGAGAUAGCUCACCAUCAAGUUGGUAUACUUUGCGUUAGGAAAGUUUGGAAGAAAGCGUGGAAGAAGUUUUUUCAGCGCCACCCUACGCUCUGUCCCUAACAGAGCAUGAGUGACCCCAGGCUUCUGAGAAUGGGACCAGGGUUACUGGUAGCUGAAAAUAGGCAGCUGAUGGAGCUCUGAAGCAGCCAUGGGUAGCUGCUUAAGCUGUCCAGAGAAACAGUCAAUCCCAGAUAAUCAUCAAACCAAAUUUAAGGUGGUGAACGUGGAUGAUGAUGGUAAUGAGCUGGGCGCCGGCGUGAUGGAGCUGAACGAGGCCGAGCUGGUCCUCCACACCCAUCGCCGUGACGACGUCAGGUGGCCCUACCUGUGCCUGCGUCGCUAUGGAUAUGACUCGAACCUGUUUUCCUUUGAGAGUGGCCGGCGCUGUCAGACUGGACAGGGGAUCUUUGCCUUCAAGUGUCCCCGUGCUGAGGAGAUCUUCAACAUGCUGCAGGAGGUGAUGCACAGCCACAGCAUCAGUGUGGUGGAGGAGGCCGUGCUGGAGCCAAGUCACCAGGCCACACACACACACACUCCUGCAGCUCUGGGCUACUCCGUUCCCACGGUGCCCAACGGUGUGAGCCGGACCCCCUCUGUAGGUGAGGAGCCGUCUCACCCCUCCAGCCGCCUCCCGUCUGUGGCCAGCACACGGCUGCCAUCCCUGGGGGACGAGAGCACACACCCCCUGCUGGGAGGCGACGAAGCGAUCCACACGUAUGUGAACACCACAGGCCUGUUGGACGAGCAGCCCAGCCCCCUUGCUGUGCCCAGCCCCCUGGAGAGCCCUGGUUCGCCCCAGAGCCAGCUGCCCCCAACCCCCCCUCCGCCACCACGGGCGCGGCCCGACCCCCCUCCCCCCCAACCGGAGCCGCAGGUGCUCCUGGAGUCCCAGGGCGCUCGCUUUGUCCUGGGCCCCACGCCCGUGCAGAGGCAGCUGAUGGCCAGGGAGAGACGGCAGCACAGCGAGGGGGAGGAGGACGAUGGGGAGGAGGAGGGCUCGUCUGGGGAGACCAGUGAGACUAACGAGCACAUGGACACACAUGGAGGCUCUACAGAGGCCAAAAGCCAGCUCUCACACACACAGUCCAACGGCUCGUCCUCCGGGGCGGCUCCCCUCUCUUCGAACCCCGUCACCUCUCCUCCCUGUGUCCGCCCGGCCCCCCUCACCCCCGACCUUCACAACGUCAACAACUCAGCCCAGCGGCGGACGGCCCUGCUGGACUACGAGAACCUGCCGGCCCUCCCGCCUGUCUGGGAGGCUCGCAAGCUCAGCCGGCAGGAGGAGGAGAGCGGGCGAGGGGGCGGGGUGAAGACGCCGUCCGUGAACGGCUACAACCACCACGGCCUGCUCCAGCUGUCCUGCUCCCACCCCCUCUCCGCAGCACUGCUGGAGCCCUCGCACAACUACGUCAACACGGAGAACGUGACGGCGCCGCUCAGCGCCCGCCGGCCCGACACGGCCCACCGCCCCGACACGGCCCACCGCCCCGACACGGCCCACCUCCGAACGGACGGCCCCUCCGUCUUCAACUUCGACUUCCGCCGGCCGCCACCUGGCCCGGACUGGGCCAAGACGCUCAACUACAUCGAGGUGGAGAUGGAGAGCACGGGCGGAGGGGGCGGGGCCAACAAGGCGGCCUCAGACAGCAGCAACCCCCACACCCCUCGCACUCCCACCUCCCCGCUGCCCCCCACCACGCCCACACGCCGCACCGAGCUGUACGCCUUCAUCGACAUCGAGCGCACGGCCGCCAUGUCCAGCCUGCAGAAGGCUCGGCCACGCGACGACGGCACCUCCAGGAAAACGCGACACAAUAGCACGGAGCUGCCCACUAAGAGCACUGUCUGAACACGCUAUCCUGCUCUGCUAUCCUGCUCUGCUAUCCUGCUCUGCUAUCCUGCUCUGCUAUCCUGCUCUGCUAUCCUGCUC